CUAAUAAAGCACAGUGAGCUGAAGGUCUGUGAAGUCUUCAGGAUGGAUACUUGGAGAAUACUGUUGGUUGCAGCCCUGGUAACUUCUGUAUGCACUAUACCUAUUUCUCAGGAAGUGCAUGAGGUAUAUCCAAAUGGAGAAGAUGAGAACCCCAUUUUGAAUAAAGGCUCAGAUGUCAACCUGUUUGAAGGAGACAUUUUAAUUCCUGAAGGAAGAAAUGCCUUGAUUGACACAAGAUACAGAUGGAAGUUUCCAAUCCCGUACAUUUUGGGCGAUGAUUUGGAUCUCAAUGCCAAAGGCUGUGUCCACCAGGCCUUUGAGAUGUACCGCCUUAAGUCCUGUGUUGACUUCAAACCCUACGAGGGAGAGCGAACCUACAUCAAGUUUGAGAAGAGAGGAGGAUGCUUCUCCAGAGUGGGGGACCAGCAGAUCGGUCAGGUCCUAUCUCUGGGUCGAGGCUGUGAUCAUAAAGCUGUGAUAGAACAUGAGCUGCUCCACGCUCUGGGCUUCUACCACGAGCAGUCACGCACAGACCGCGACGACUAUGUGGACAUUUGGCUUGAUCAAGUCACAGACGGACUUCAACAUAACUUUAACAAAUACAACGACGACUUCAUCACAGAUCAGAACACUCCGUAUGAUUAUGAAUCGAUAAUGCACUACCGCCCCUUCUCCUUCAACAAGAACGAGUCCAUCCCCACCAUCACCACCAAAAUCCCAGAGUUCUAUAACAUCAUCGGACAGUACCUGGACUUCAGCAAAAUGGACCUACUCAGGCUCAACCGCAUGUACAACUGCUCCGGCCCUUUGACCCUGCUGGACCAGUGCUCCUUUGAGUUUGCAAACAUCUGUGGAAUGAUCCAGAGCUCCACUGACGACACAGACUGGAUCCACACCCAAAGCACGACGGGGCAUGAGGACCACACACUGCUGGGACGAUGCAGAGAUGCUGGAUACUACAUGCACUUUAGUACUAACACUGGAAAGGCCCAGGAGUCUGCCCUGCUGGAGUCUCGGACCUUGUACCCCAAACGGAACUUCCAGUGUCUGCAGUUUUUCUAUAAGAUGACAGGCAACCCCCAGGACCGACUGGUGGUCUGGGUCAAGAUGGAUGAUGGUACAGGAACAGUCAGAAGGAUGAAGAAAAUACACACUUUCACAGGUGUAUCAGACUCUGCCUGGAAAAUUGCUCACGUUCGGCUGGAGGUGGACGUGAAGUUCCGUUAUGCUUUCCAGGGUGUCCGUGGUGACCCCGUCAUGUCAAAAGGGGGCAUCUUCCUGGACGACAUCAGCCUUUCCGAAACGCGCUGUCCCAACGCCGUAUGGACCAUCUCAAACUUCUCCAAAAUUAUGGAAACAGCAAAGCGCGGGUUUGCCAUCGAUAGUCCCAUCUUCUACAGUCCAGAGGGGUAUGGGUAUGGGGUGCGUCUUAUCCCCCUAUCUAGCUACAUGGACUACACCGGGAACUAUACAGCACUGUACUUCUUCUUGGCCAGUGGAGUGAAUGAUGUGGCGAUGCAGUGGCCCGCAGUGAACCGACAAGCCACUCUGAUAGUUAUGGACCAAGACCCCGAUAUCAAACUGAGGAUGUCCACAGCCCGGAGUCUAACUACAGACCUCACCUCUGAAAAUGGGAAGUACUUGUGGGACAACCCCUCCAAAGUAGGGACUUAUGACCCCUCAUGUGCAUGUUACAAAGGCUCGGCCUGGGGCUGGAGGAACUUCGUCAAACACUUCGACCUCCGUAGACGUAACUACCUAAAGAAUGACGACCUCAUCAUCUUCAUCGACUUUGAAGAUAUCUCAUCAAUGAUCAAGACAGAAGUGCCAGUCAAACCAGCAGAGUGAAUGUGAUGGCCAAAAGUCCAAAAGUUUCCUGUAUUAUUGAAGGACAAUGAAGAUACAAGCAACAAUGUAGUUUUGCAAUUCAUUCAUAAUAAUAAUAAUUCAAAAUAAUAAUAAUUCAUUUUCUUGGUUAAAAAACUUAAAUUUUCUUAAAUAAAGCUGU